GGAGUUCCUAAAGGAGGGAAACGAGUCGGCGAGGGGCGACAGGAGCUAGCAGGGAAGGGAGAACAGCGGAGGGCUGCAGAGCUGCGGAGGGCUGCAGAGCUGCGGGCGCCCGGACCGUGCCACACACCCCCCGCGGGGCACGGAGGGCAUUGCCGGGGGAGACACACAAAGACAUGCGAAGAGGGGUUGAGCAAGGCUCGCGCACAAAGACGCCGGGGCGCACGGCAGCUCGGGCUGCACCCACCGCCCCCGCGCCGCGCCGUGCCGGGGCCGGGCCAGCGAAGAGCCCCGGGCUGAGCGCGUGGCGGCGGCGGCGGCGGCGGCGGGGAGGCGCGGGACCCGGGUCGCCCGCGCUCUCCGGGUGACCCGGGCCCGGCAGCAGGCGCGCGCGGGGGCGGCGGCGCCCAAGCCCAACUUGGCCUCCGCCUCGCCCUCUGCCCAGCCCGCCGGUGUCCCCUCCUUCCCGCGAUUUCGUUUCUUCUCACGCUCCCCCCCCCGCCCCCUCCCGCGUCCAGCCCCGCUCUCCCCACCUUGUAAAACAAAGCCGGGGAAAAUGCCUGCCCGUGCAGCUCGGAGCGCGCAGCCCGUCUCUGAAUAAGAAGUGAGUACAAUGGCGUGUUUGUAAAAAAAAGCUUCAAGUCCGUCUUUUUCAAAAAACAUUUUGAAUGCUGCAUGCCUCAUGCUUCCCAGCGCCUCGCGGGAGAGACCCGGCUAUAGAGCAGGAGUGGCGGCACCUGACUUGCUGGAUCCUAAAUCUGCCGCUCAGAACUCCAAACCGAGGCUCUCGUUUUCCACGAAACCCACAGUGCUUGCUUCCCGGGUGGAGAGUGACACGACCAUUAAUGUUAUGAAAUGGAAGACAGUCUCCACGAUAUUCCUGGUGGUUGUCCUCUACCUGAUCAUCGGAGCCACCGUGUUCAAAGCAUUGGAGCAGCCUCAUGAGAUUUCACAGAGGACCACCAUUGUGAUCCAGAAGCAAACAUUCAUAUCCCAACAUUCCUGUGUCAAUUCGACAGAGCUGGACGAACUCAUUCAGCAAAUAGUGGCAGCAAUAAAUGCAGGGAUUAUACCUUUAGGAAACACCUCCAAUCAAAUCAGUCACUGGGAUUUGGGAAGUUCCUUCUUCUUUGCUGGCACUGUUAUUACAACCAUAGGAUUUGGAAACAUCUCACCACGUACAGAAGGCGGCAAAAUAUUCUGUAUCAUCUAUGCCUUACUGGGAAUUCCCCUCUUUGGUUUUCUCUUGGCUGGAGUUGGAGAUCAACUAGGCACCAUAUUUGGAAAAGGAAUUGCCAAAGUGGAAGAUACGUUUAUUAAGUGGAAUGUUAGUCAGACCAAGAUUCGCAUCAUCUCAACAAUCAUAUUUAUACUGUUUGGCUGUGUACUCUUUGUGGCUCUGCCUGCGAUCAUAUUCAAACACAUAGAAGGCUGGAGUGCCCUGGACGCCAUUUAUUUUGUGGUUAUCACUCUAACAACUAUUGGAUUUGGUGACUACGUUGCAGGUGGAUCCGAUAUUGAAUAUCUGGACUUCUAUAAGCCUGUCGUGUGGUUCUGGAUCCUUGUAGGGCUUGCUUACUUUGCUGCUGUCCUGAGCAUGAUUGGAGAUUGGCUCCGAGUGAUAUCUAAAAAGACAAAAGAAGAGGUGGGAGAGUUCAGAGCGCACGCUGCUGAGUGGACAGCCAACGUCACAGCCGAAUUCAAAGAAACCAGGAGGCGACUGAGUGUGGAGAUUUAUGACAAGUUCCAGCGUGCCACCUCCAUCAAGCGGAAGCUCUCGGCAGAACUGGCUGGAAAUCACAAUCAGGAGCUGACUCCUUGUAGGAGGACCCUGUCAGUGAACCACCUGACCAGCGAGAGGGAUGUCUUGCCUCCCUUACUGAAGACUGAGAGUAUCUAUCUGAAUGGUUUGACGCCACACUGUGCUGGCGAAGAGAUUGCUGUGAUUGAGAACAUCAAAUAGCCCUCUCUUUGAAUAACCUUAGGCAUAGCCAUAGGUGAGGACUUCUCUAUGCUCUUUAUGACUGUUGCUGGUAGCAUUUUUUACAUUGUGCAUGAGCUCAAAGGGGGAACAAAAUAGAUACAUCCGUCAUGGUCAUCUAUCAUCAAGAGAAUUUGGAAUUCUGAGCCAGCACUUUCUUUCUGAUGAUGCUUGUUGAAUGGUCCACUUUCUUUGACGAGUGGAAUGACAAGCAAUGUCUGAUGCCUUUUUGUGCCCAGACUGUUUUCCUCUCUCUUUCCCUAAUGUGCCAUAAGGCCUCAGAAUGAAUUAGAAUUGUUUCUGCUAACAAUGUAGCUUUGAGGGAUCAGUUCUUAACUUUUCAGGGUCUACCUAACUGAGCCUAGAUAUAGACCAUUUAUGGAUGACAACAAUUUUUUUUUUUUUUGUAAAUGACAAGAAAUUCUUAUGCAGCCUUUUACCUAAGAAAUUUUCUGUCAGUGCCUUAUCUUAUGAAGAAACAGAACCUCUCUAGCUAAUGUGUGGUUUCUCCUUCCCUGCCCCCACCCCUAGGCUCACCUCUCUAGUCUUUUACCCCAGUUCUCCCUUUUGAACACCAUACCUUGCUGGAAACAGUGUGUAAAAUGACUGAAGUGAUGAUGCCCGAAGAAGAAAUAGAUGCCAAAUUACAUGGACAUUGAAGCAACACUCAGCGUUGCCUAGUGUUAAAGGCACUGCAGAGAAAUGAGGUGCAGAGGUAGCCCCUCUGAGUAUUUAUUUGACUCAGGUACCAGUGGUACAUAUAUACAGUGUAAUUAUGACCAGGCUGGUAAAAUUGGCUGCUCCCAAACAAUCCCCUUUUUCCUGGCAGUAUUUGGAAUUUAUCAUUUAUUAAUAACUAUACAUUUUUUAAAGGCAGAAGAAGAAAAUCUAUCUAUCUCUCUAUCUAUAUAUAUAAAUGACCUGACAGAAGAAAACUGUUAAAAAUGGAUAUUACUGGAGGCGAUUUAAAAUGGUGGGUGUGAAUUAUCAUUCUGAUGGAAAGGAAAUAGCAAAACAAUGUGUUACAAGUAUUUGCUAAUAAACAGUAUACUGCCAGCUUCUAAUUGCUUUUUGAUGUAUGAAAGGCUUAUAUAAUUUUCUUUUCGUUGGGUGACUUUUGCCAGAUGAGAGGAGGUGGCACAGUGGUGAGUGCAGGGCACAGUCCUAGCCUUCUGUGGGUGUACUUUUGGAGUUGUGACUUGGCUGUGAGGGCAGAAGUUGAAGUUGGGAUCACUGUGACUUUGCACAUGGAAAAAUGCAGAUUGCAGGCAUAAUUCAUCUCUGACAUUAGAGAAAAAGCUGUUAUAGCACAAUUUAAAUUUUGAGAGUUUGCUGUGUUUUUUUUUUUUUUUUAACAUAAAGGAGGCUGAUUAUUCUUUUUAGUUUAAUUUUAUAUCCCAUAAUUCUUCGGAUGGUUCCAAGAUUCAGAAAAAAUUCAGUAAAUGCACCCCGUAAAUUGCUACCCUUUCCUUUAUUUUCAUACUUAGAUCUGCUGUACAUUGUAUAUAUAUAUAAUUUUUAAAAUGCAGAAAGAAAAUAAUUUCCCUAAAUAUAAUUGCAAACUGAUUUCUUUUACUUUUUUGUGUGUAGGGGUGGGAGCUGUAUCUGAAUAAGUGGCAUUCAGAUUAGGGUCCUGAAAAACCCAGAAUCUUUAAAAACAAACAAACUAAUAGAUGCUUAUUUUCCAACAUUUAAAUUUAAGCUAGAAAUGUAAAUAUUCAAUUAAUUUGUUAAAAGUACUUUUAUAAAGUUAAAAAGAAAUUCCAACCAAAAUGGUAGAAAGUCAGGCUCUUUUAGAAAGAAAGCUACACCCAUUUCCUCAAAUAACUGUUCCGAAAAUUUAUAUGGUGGAAUGCACCAUGUAUAAACUGUGAAUUGUAUUGACAAAUAAAGUUUGUAAUUAAAGUCAGCA